AUGCCUGCAUUCCUAUUCCUCUGGAUGGCACUUAUUAUUAUAAAUCCGACGUCGAACGCCAUCAUAGCUCUUACUUUUGCCAAUUACGCGCUCAAGCCGUUCUUUCCCAACUGUACUGUGCCUCCAAUGGCUGUCGAUCUACUCGCAGCUUGCACUAUAGCACUUCUCACAUUCGUCAACUGCUACAAUGUGCGAGUUGCGACUCGAUUCAACGACACUUUUACCAUUACAAAAGUGGCCGCCUUGGUCUGUAUAAUCGUAGCCGGAGUGGCGUGGCUCGCAUUAGGAAACACUGAAUAUUUUGAAAUGCCGGACGUACUCACUGGAAGUCAAACUAAAGUUUCGUCCCUAACCUUGGCGUUCUACUCGGGAGUUUUUUCCUUCGCCGGUUAUAGCUAUUUGAACUUUGUCACAGAGGAACUUAAAGAUCCCUACAGAAAUCUACCGCGAGCAAUCUACAUUUCGCUGCCGGUGGUGACAUUGAUAUACAUGCUCGUGAACAUGGCAUAUUUCGCUGUGCUUUCUGUUGAUAAGAGUCCGAUGCGAUGGGUUGCUGUGACGUUUGCUAAGAAAGUGAUGGGACCAUUCGCUCCUGUGAUGCCGUUCUUUGUCGCCUGCUCAUGCUUUGGAAGUCUGAACGGCAUUUUGUUCACUUCUUCGCGGAUGUUUUUUGCUGGAGCGAGAGAAGGACAAUUGCCGGAGAUGCUGUCGAUGAUUUCCAUCGACUACCUGACACCUCUACCGUCGCUGCUCUUUCUUGGAGUCGCAUCGAUUGUGAUGCUUUUCGCUGGAGACGUGCUGACCCUGAUCAACUACUGUGCGUUUUCUGAGAGUCUUGUGGUAGCGGUCUCGGUAGCCGGCUUGGUUAAAUGCGGCAUCACAAGCAGAGUGCAGCGAAGACUCCCAAAUCAGAGGUAG